GCUUCUAAUCAACGAAAAAGGAAAAUGUGACUUGUGAUUAUUUUCUUAUCAUUUUCAAGUUUAGAGAAAGAACAUUAUUAAUUGCGUGUAUUUCUCAUUGAGAAUAAUAAUAUGAAUUCGAAGCAAAUUCCUCGGGUUCUCUCGAUCCAAAGUCAUGUAGUGUCAGGAUAUGUUGGUAAUAAAAGUGCUACUUUUCCACUCCAAUUAUUAGGUUUUGAAGUAGAUGCUAUUAAUUCUGUUCAACUAUCAAAUCAUACAGGAUAUAAAGUUUUUAAAGGACAAGUACUUAAUGAUAAGGAUUUAGAUGAAUUGGUACAUGGCUUGGCAGAAAAUAAUUUGGAUCAUUAUACUCAUUUACUUACAGGAUAUAUAGGAUCCGCAUCUUUUUUGAACAGAAUAGCUUUAUUAGUUGGAGCAUUAAAGCAGAAGAAUCCUGAUCUUAUAUAUGUAUGCGAUCCUGUUAUGGGUGAUAAUGGUAAGAUGUAUGUCCCUAAGGAAUUAAAAGAUAUUUAUAAAAACAAGAUAGUUCCCCUUGCAGAUAUUGUAGUUCCAAAUCAGUUUGAGACUGAAUUGUUAACUGGUAAAAGUAUUAAUAGUUUAGAUGAAUUGCAAACUGUUAUAAAAGAGUUACAUAAAAUGGGACCACAAACUGUAGCUGUAUCAUCUGCAGAAAUGGAUAAUAAAAUAUUAGCAGUAAUCAGUUCAUUGAAAGACGAUGUACUACUUAAGGUUGAUAUUCCAAAAAUACCAUCAUCUUUUACUGGUUCUGGUGAUCUAUUUGCUGCUUUAUUUCUUGCUCAUACGUAUCUACAUGAAGAUAUUAAAACAGCGACUGAAAAGACAAUAAAUUCUUUACAAGGUGUUCUUUUUGAAACUUUCAAAUCAUUCAAAGAAUAUAAAGAUGAUAGGACGCAAUUUGCACAAAGAAUAGAAUUACGCUUGAUACAAAGCAAAAGACAUAUUGAAACUCCUGAAAUUAAAUUACAUGCCGAAUUUCUAUGAUGAAUGCAUCGUAAACAAUAUAUAUACAUAUAUAUUGAGAAUAUAAAAUGAUAAAACAAUUAUAUUUUACAAUAGAUGACGUAUAAUAGAUGAAGAAAAGACUUUAUUAAAUAUAAAAGACGUAUUAAAUUUGAUAAUAUUAAUUUUAUUAAUGAAAUGUAAUCUAUAUACAAUGAUCAUGAACAAGUGAAUUCUUAUAUAGAUAUUAUUGUGUAUCAUAAAUAUAUUCAAUCACAAUAAUGUUUUAAUGUUAAACGAGGUACAAUAUUCAUAGAUUGUAACUCUUGAAAGAGCAAUUUACAAGCGUAUGGCAUGGAAAUAGUUGAAACGCAGGCACUAGAGCGGCAACUAUGGCACCACCCACUGUACGCCAUUAGACCACAUUUAUUACAAACAUCAACGUCAAAUGCAUCACUUGAUAUCAUUAGUCUUUCUACUAACAUCAUACUAGCUCCAUAUCCAAUCAGACAAUCACGUUCCAUUUCACCUAAACGUAAACCACCUUCUUUGGAACGACCUUCCGUUGGUUGGCGUGUAAGAACUGCUCUAGGUCCACGGGCACGAGCAUGCAUUUUAUCUUGUACCAUAUGCUUAAGUUUUUGAUAGUAUACCUGUAAAAAAACAUUUCAAAUAUUGAAUAAAUAAUAUUCAUAAGGUAGAAAAAAAUUCGAAUUAAAAAUCUUACAGGGCCAGAAUAAAUAUAUGCUUGAAGUGGUUCACCCGUAGUUCCAGAGUAAAAGAUGUCCUUUCCCAAAUAAUUGAAACCAUGUUUUCUAAGUUCUUCGCAAACAUCUUCAACUUUGGAACCACCAAAUGCUGUGGAUAUAAUUUAUAAUUAUUUGUAAUAACUUAUCAUUAGAGUAGUAUCACUAAAUUUUAUGUUUUUAUAUAAAUUUACCUGUUCCAUAAUGAAACUGUCCCUGAAGGACACCAGCUUUACCAGCAAGCAAUUCUAUUAACUUUCCAACAGUCAUACGAGAUGGGAAACCAUGUGGAUUCAUAAUCAUAUCAGGACAUAUACCAUAAUCGUUAAAUGGCAUAUCUUCUUGUUCCACAAUUAAUCCUAUGUGAACGAUAUAAAUGUAAAAUGACAAUAAAAAGAAUAUAUCCUA